UCUUAUCGUAUCACUGCAUUUGUUCUGCACGCGUGGUUUAAUUACUUCUUGCAACUUUUCCAAAAAAGUGUUACCUCGUGAUUAUUCCUCUGGGUGACAAAUCGCCUCCCCGCGCCGCGUCCUUAAUAUUAAUUUACUCCGUCUAUGGUGAUGCUAGGUUGAGUAGAGGAAUAAAACUGGACACACCUGUCUUUAUCAAAUGCCAGCUCAACGGGGACUUCGCUUUAACAGAAACUCCACUGUAGAUGUCGCCACAUAGUGAUCACCGCCCAUCCUGUGGCGCAGGUUUGCCUAUGGCCUUUAUUUAUGCAACCGGCGCGAGUCUACCGCUACCAGUGCGUGAGAGUUGGCAGAGCGUUGCUACGUGCGUGUCAUGAGCGCGCGGUUGGAGGUGUACCGUGUGCCGAACGAACCGUAGCUAUCGCUGGCAAAAUGGAUCACUUCUGUUGUUUUGUGCUAUGUGUCAUCCAAACAUUUGUAGUUGUGCAUGCUUUUAAUUUGGAAGUUAGAUUACCGAUCGUCAAAAUAGGAAAACAGGAUACAUAUUUUGGUUACUCCGUCACGGGUCAUCAAAUCAUCGAACCAGGUGGUGAAAAGAAAAACCUCCUACUAGUCGGAGCACCGCGCGGUGAGACGGGUCAGCAAGCGACCAGUAACACUGGAGUCGUACAACGAUGCCCCAUCACGUCCGACCCCUACGACUGCCAGUCGCUCGAUGUCGAGAACUUGAUGCAGGCGGGCAACAAACCGCCGCGGGACUCCGAGUCGAAGGACGAGCAGUGGCUCGGCGUCACCGUGACGAGUCAGGGUCCCGGAAAGUUUGCGGUCAUCUGCGCUCACCGCUACCUCAUGGUCAACUCUGACUACAGGUACGGCAUCGGUGCCUGCUACGGCCUCACGAAGGAGCUCGACUACAACAUGAUGUACUCGCCGUGCCGCGGCCUGCCGACGCGAGGCGGCCACCAGGAGUACGCCUACUGCCAGUUCGGCGCCGACGCGCACAUCGCCGAUGAUGGCACGGUGAUCUUCGGCGCGCCAGGCUCGUACACGUGGUCCGGGUCGGCGAUGGUGAACAGCGUGCAGGACCCGGACGACCUGUUCGCCGACACGACGUGGUACAACUCCCCCAUCGAGCAGACGCCGUCGUACAGCUACAUGGGAUACGCCGUGACGACGGGCCGCUUCGUCGACGACGAGCUGACAUACGUAUCGGCGGCGCCACGCAGCGGCGACGUCGGCGAGGUGCUGUUCUUCCACCGCGUCAACUCGGGAGCGAACAAGACGCUCGUGCAGGUGAUGACGCUGCGUGGAGAGGAGCUCGGGUCGUACUUCGGACACUCUCUCGCCGGCGUCGACCUCGACGGGGACGGAUACGAGGACCUCAUCGUCGGAGCGCCGUUCUACCGCGGCGGCGACAACAAGUUUGGCGGCCGCGUCUAUGUCUACCGCAACAGCGCGGCGGGAUUCGACCCGAACCAGGUGCCCGUCAACAUCUCGGGUUCGUUCGGCUCGCACUUUGGGCACAUCGUGCGAGCGAUCGGUGACGUGAACCAGGACGGAUACGACGACGUCGCCGUUGGCGCGCCGUACGAGGGUAACGGCUCCGUCUACAUCUUCCACGGCUCGAAGGACUUCAUCGUCGAGGAGCCGGCGCAGGUCAUCAAGUCGGAGAGCCUGCCCGGCGGCCCGAUGCCGGCCUUCGGUCACUCGCUGGCCGGCAGGCAGGACCUGGAUGAGAACCAGUACCCGGACCUCGUCGUCGGCGCCUUCCAGUCGGACAAGGUCGUGCUGCUGCUCGCGCGGCCCAUCGUCAACGUCACGUUCAAGACACGCAGUCCGAUUAAGCCGAUCGACCCGUACGACAAGUCGUGUCCGAGCGCGCCGGGACAGCUGUGCGUCUCGUUCGAGCCGUGCUUCAAGUACACGGCAUUCCCGGCGGCGACCUUCAACACGCGUCUGCGCAUGACCUUCACUAUCGAGGCGGACGCCGCGAAGAGCGACUUUGCGCGGCGCGUGUCGUUCCGCAACGCAGGCGAGCCGAGCUGGCGUGUCACGCGCGACAUCACGCUCGGCAAGCAGUCGACGGGCCGCUGGACGUGCGGCGACGAGGAGACGCUCUACGUGAAGAAGGAGACGCGCGACAUACUGCGGCCGAUCGCCGUCAUCGUUGCGAGCGCACUCGUCGCCGCCGCGCCGACCGUGCCGUCGCCGGGGCAACCGCUGCCGAGCGUCGACGACUUCCCGAUCCUCGCGCGCGGCUCCGAGUCGAGCGAGUUCAGCAUCGAGUUCCUCAAGGACUGCGCGGACGACGGCGACGAGGACACAUGUCGCAGCGACCUCGUCGUGGUGGGCGACCUCGGGCUGCCGGCGGGCGAGGGAGGCGGCGAGCCCGUGCUGGUGCUCGGCGAGUAUGACUCGCUCAACGUCACCGUCGUCGUGACGAACCGCGCCGAGGCCGCCUACGAGGCCGAGCUCGUCGUCACCGUGUCCGACUUUGUCGACUACCCGACGCUGCAGCCGGGCAGCGGCACGACGUGCUCGCCCGACAACGGCACGCUGCUCUGCAAGAUCGGAAACCCGUUCGCGAACGGCGCGCGCCGCACGCUCCGCUUCUCGCUCGACGUGAGCGAGCUGCCGGCGACGGCGCGCCGCCUCGUCGUCAACGCCGCCGCGCGCACGUCAAGCGAGGAGGCGGUGCCGGCGGACAACGUCGUCGCGCUGACGGCGCGCACGCUCGUGCGCACGGACCUGCUCGUCGAGGCGUCGGCCUACCCGCCCGACCAGAUCCUGUACGGCGGCGACGUGCGCGGGGCGUUCGCGAUGUCGCACGAGAAGGACAUCGGCGCGUACGUCGAGCACGCCUAUACGGUGCUCAACAACGGCACAGGCAGCAUCGGCGCGCUGCGCGUGCAUGUCUGGUGGCCGCAUGAGGUCGAGAACAACCGCGCGCACGGCAAGUACCUGCUCUACAUGGUCGCGCCGCCCGAGGUCAGCGGCAACGGCGCGUGCGACCUCGGCGACGCCGCCGCGUACGUCAACCCGCUCGGCCUCGAGCUGGUCGAGCGCACGCGCAAGCCGCGCGCCGACGUCUCCGCCUCGGCGGCGAAUCCCGGCUUCGCCGACGAUGAAACGGAGCCGCUCGGGUCCGACCACCGGCGGCGGAAACGCGAGGCGGCGCGGGCGACGGCCGACAGCAGCACGGCAGCGGUGAAGUCGCACGGCAAGGUGGCGCGGUUCGACUGCGAGACGGGCACGGCGAAGUGCUUCACGUUCGUGUGCAACAUCGUGGACCUCUCGAGCCAUGAGAGCGUGAAGAUCACGAUGCGCGCGCGGCUCUGGAACGGCACUUUCCUCGAGGACUACCGCGACGCCGACUACGUGCUCAUCGCGUCGCACGCGAACGUCACCAUCGACCCGUCGCUGAGCAUCGAGCAGGACCCGAGCAACGACCACGCGUCGGCCGUCACGAAGGCCUACCCGGACGCGCUGCGAGUCAAGGUCGAGGAGCAGCUGCCGAUCUGGAUCAUCAUCGUCUCGAUUGGAGCCGGCAUCCUCGUCCUCAGCUGCAUCGUGGCGAUUCUCUGCUGGACGGGAUUCUUCAAGCGCACGCGGCCCGAGGAGAUGACGGCGCGCAUGGAGAAGAAGAGGCUGUACGCGGACGAAUCGUCGUAGCGACCGGCGUCGGCCCGGCGACGCGACGCGAGAGUGCGGGGGGGCAAAGUGCGUGGCAGGCAAGAUGCAUGCAGCGGCUUGAGUCGAAACUGACUAACCCUCAGGUAAGUUGACCGGGAAGCGUUCCUGCGAGAGCGUGACAUUGCAGUCGCCCACGCGGCGGCCCUUGCGGCAGCCCACGUGGUGCCGUGCAAUGGAGGCAGGAGGGGCCUCCCUGCCAGAACACGGCAUUGCAGAGCCGCCCUGAUGGAGGCAGGGCAGGGCGGGCACGCGUCAGAAGAGCUGCCCGCUUAUCACAAGCAGAUGCCCUGACGUGCCGGUAAUUGGGAAAACGUGCAAAACGCUGAUCCUCCCGUUAAACCCUGCGCGGCGCGAAAAAAGCAAACGACUUGCGUCUGGGUUUCACCUACCCGCGACCGAGAGUCCCGCAGCCGAGCGAGCGCAAAUCCAGCUAAUUUGUGUCUCGGGAGUAGCGCCCUCUGGAGUCCCCAGCCGCCGCGCCCACCGUGUGCAGACGGUGGUGUAGCGAGGAUGCAGGAGCGCGCAUGUGACGUCUGUACGUCCCACCCCUGUGACGUGAGAGGGAAUGUGUGUCUUCUGUCCCCCACUCCAGUUGGCUUCUGGAUGAGGAUGGUGAUGGCUUCCUCUGCGUGGUGCACGGGAAGGUUGCCGUCGUGGUCCGUUGGAAGCAUCCAUGGCCAACACACCAGCUUCGGUCAUCAGAGGAGGAAGGUUGGACGAGGAGGCAGACGAAGGACUGGUUCUGGCACAGGGAGCAUGCGUCCGCCCAUCUACGACUAAGUUCGGGUAGACGCAGUAAAAAACCAUUGCAUUUACUGUUGUGAGAGCUUUAUCUGUGAAGUCCUUUCCUAUGUCACAGGCGCUGGGUUGGAGUGAAGUGCUAGAUAGGUACAGUUAUUGUCAUGUGCACAAAGUCAGAGUCAGGUAGUGUAACCAGUUAUACUUGCCGUGACCGCAUGCCUGCCACGUUACACACGGUCUCCCUCUCUUUCUCCUGCGCGUGCUUGCGCUCCGAUGUGCAGCCCUAGACUUACUGCCCCUGCUCCCAGCAGCUGGCACCUUAGUCGAUCCGUGAAAUCGGCCCUCCAUAAUUUCACUCCCACACCCAGACCCCCACCACAGAAUCCCAACGGCAGAUGAGAUGGAAAAUUUUUCCCACAGAUUUGGCGCCCUGUUUUACUUCCCACCCCCGUUUACUACGUGCCCGCGUAUUGUGCCUGUACCUGCGGGCCGGGCCGGGUCCACUGCGCUGGGCCGCCCAUGUCCUGCACAGUAGUUUGCACUCUCACAGUAGAUGCGCGCAGGCCGGCCGGUACAGCGAGCCAAUACGACUUGCUGCGGGCGUGUGCGUGGCGACUGUACCACUACCACCACCAGCAGCAGCAGCAGCAGCAAGACUCAUUGAAAGCCAUCUCUGAUUGAUUUCUGCGGCAGCGUGGAAGUCGGCGGGCCCUUGUCGCAGCAGCGGCCCGGCUUGCUUGCUUGCUAACUGACCACCACCAGUGCUGCUGCUGCUGCUGCUGCUGCUGCUGCUGCUGCUGCUGCUGCUGCUCCCGGUCAUCUUCCCCCUCUAGCGAUAAUCAUCACGCGACGACACGAUUUGCCCCGAUUGCCUGCGAUGAGGGGGCGGCGGGGAAUUUCAGCUGCCGACUCGUCCGAUUGUCGGCCGACCACCUUGCGCGGGGGCAGCAGGCAGGGGCGGGAUUGCUGCUGGUUUUGCCGCGGUUAGGUUGUCGCGGUUGCUCGCUCCGUUCGAUCCGUCUUGCGAGGGACGGAGAGCGGAAUGACUGGCGAAUGUGACCAAUGCACACUGACUGUGGACCGGUUAUUAGCAGUGGCUUUACGGCUCCGACUCCAACGCAAGCGGCCCGCUGGUACGCUCCCCUCUCCCGCUCGCAAACCCGUUCCUAAUGGUGGUCGGGCCCCCACCACGCUGCUCACAAAUCGAACCGCCACUGAGUGUGGUAGUAUGACCAGGCAAACACAAUAACAAGCACUCGUCUAGUGCUUACUCGCAAUUUACGUGCUGGUGCCGUGUACGCGUGUACAAUACAUGCGUAUGUAUUUUAGCUGGAAAUGUCAAUUUCGGCCGCCUGUAAUUUCGCACCGUCACCCUCGGUGUAUGGGGGGAGGGGAGGGCUGUAAGAGCGAGAGGGGUA